UCCCUUUCUCUCCCAUCUCUGUGCUGCGAAACCACCGCCGCUUUUCUCCCAACGAACAAUGGAGGAAGGCCGGAGCGAUCCCAAUCCCAAGGAGGCCGGCAAGGUCGGGUCGGCCUUGUUCGUGGACAUGGAGAAGGUCCGCCAGAUGGAGGGCUCCGGCGAGAACAAUGUCGAUGGACCGAAGAAGGUCAGUAGCCUCCUCCGGCUGUUCAUGGCCUGCAUGGUCUCCGGCGGCAUCCAGUACGGCUGGGCGCUGCAGCUGUCCCUGCUCUCACCCUACUCCCAGACUCUUGGGAUUCCUCACCAGUACGUUUCUUUGACUUGGAUCUGCGGACCGAUAGCUGGAUUUGUGGUUCAACCCAUCGUGGGGUACUACAGCGACCGGUGCACGGCGAAGAUGGGCCGGAGGCGGCCUUUCAUCCUCGUCGGAUGCCUCAUCAUCUGCCUAUCCGUGAUGCUCAUCGGCUUCUCGGCGGACAUUGGGCGGCGCCUCGGCGACACCAAGGAGCACUGCAGCGCGACCACGGGUCCUCGUUGGGCUGCUGCCGCGGUGUACAUCGUUGGCUUCUGGUUCCUCGACUUCGCCAACAACACCGUCCAGGGUCCUGCUCGUGCUAUGAUGGCCGAUCUAUCUGCUGGAAACCAUGGCCCCAAUGUCGGUCAGGCCAUCUUCUGCUUGUGGAUGGCUAUCGGCAACAUCCUCGGCUACACGGCCGGCGCCAACGGGAAAUGGCACGAGUGGUUCCCCUGGCUGAAAACUGCGGCGUGCUGCGACGCUUGCGCAAACCUCAAGGGCGCCUUCCUCACCGCUGUGAUCCUCAUCGCCAUCAGCAUGACGGUGACCUUGUUACUGGCGGACGAGAAGAAGCUCGACAAGGCCGACGUCGAGGCCGCCUCGGGCCGCGGCUGCUGCUCGGCCUUCGGGGACCUCUUCAAGAGCUUGAAGAACCUGCCCCCCGCCAUGUUCAAAGUGCUCGCCGUCACGGCCGUCACCUGGCUGGCGUGGUUCCCCUUCCUCCAGUACGACACGGACUGGAUGGGCCGGGAGAUCUACCACGGCGUGCCGCAGGGCCCCAAGCAGGACAUCUACGAUGCCGGUGUCCGCGAGGGUGCCAUCGGCCUGCUCCUCUGCUCCGUGUGCCUCGCGGUCAGCUCCUUCCUCAUCCCCAAGCUGUGCCGCAAGCUCACGUCCAAGGUCGUCUGGUCCAUCAGCAACUUCAUGGUGUUCGGCAUCAUGACGGCGAUGGUCGUCGUCGGAUUGAUCUCCACCAAGGGGUACAACACGUCGUACACUGACAGCCUCACCGGGCCCGACCCCAAGCUCAAGGCCGCCGCGCUUACCCUCUUCGCGCUCAUUGGGAUCCCGCAAGCCGUGCUGUUCAGUAUACCGUGGGCUAUUGCAUCUGAGGUUGUCGCUAAUGAGGACGGUGGCCAAGGCCUCGCCAUUGGUGUCCUAAACAUAGCCAUCGUCGUGCCACAGUUGAUCAUCGCCCUCACCGCUGGUCCGAUCGACAAAGCCUUCGGCAAGGACAACACGCCCGCAUUCGGCAUCGGCGGCGCAUUCGCCUUCAUCUGCGCUAUACUCGCACUCGUCCUGCUCCCCAAGACAAGAGGCACGUCCAGCGCCGUCAUCGGCGGUGGGCACUGAAAUGAUACGUCUCCUGGCACCAACUGCUCUCUGCCGCCCGUCGUCGCGUCGUGACAGUCCAGCCGGGAACUUUGGUUGCACACUUCGAUUACACUAGCUAGUUUGUUUAUAUCUGUGCUGAGAUCGGGUUUCUAUUUUUAUUUACACCACCGUUCCUUAAUACGUGCUCCGAGUUGACAGUUUAAACUGCAAUGCAGUGUUUCUUUUUUUAGAGGACAGAGAGAUGUUACCUGGUCGCCAUGUUUUAGCAGGCCAGGGAACCUCUCACAACAUUCUAGCAUUAUCAACAUUUGUUCUCUCUGCUGCUAUGAAAAUAUAUACUAG